GUUGAAAAACCCAUGUCAAAACGCAUUAUGAAUAGCGACCUAACAAAGAGACUGAUUUCUUUGUCGGCCUGAUGCGUUUCUGUUGAAAGCCCAAUGAAGGGCUCACUUCAUCGGAGGGCACCUCCCUUGUGUAACUAGGCUUGGACUAUCAACUCGGCAGACACCUCUCUCUCUCUCUCUCUCUCUCUCUCUCUCUCUCUCUCUCUCUCUCUCUCUCUCUCUCUCUGUGUGUGUGUGUGUUGUUUACGAUCACCUAGAUAUUUUUUUUCCCAUUCCUCAUAAAGCUCCACCGUCCAGAGGCAACCCUCCCGACAUGGCCGAAGCUAGGCCCGACUCUGUUUCGCCACAGAGAAACAUUGCAUCACAAGAUCCGAAUUCAUCUGGCAGUGAGCACUCGGACGUGCUUGAGGGACCUGAUUAUGUUCCAAUUACGCCGAGCGACCUGACCGACAGGGCCAAAGAAUUAAAGCACAACCUACAACAUACGCAUCGACACAAGUCUGAGGCGGCCAAGCUGAUCAUGCAAAAUCGGGCCCCUUCAAUACCGACCGGACUCGGAAAUAGGUUAGGAAACCUACGAGUCUCUUUCUCGCUUGUAACUGUCAUCAAUCACAUUGCCGACAAUCAAUUUCGGCAGGCCAGAAAACAAGCACAGAAAGCGCUUAGCCUUGCAGAGGCUUCAAAGGACAAGCUUUUAGUUGCCCGUUGUCAUUACUGGAUGGGUCGAAUUGAAUUUGAACAGCAAAAUAUGGAGGCAGCCCACGACCACUUCCUAGCCGCACGCCCUUGUCUCAUGGAUAUUCUUAAUCCAGAGGGGGAAUCUGUUCGUUUCUACUGGGAAGCAUCAAAAAGGGGAAUCUCUGAACAAUAUCUGAAGCGCAUACUGCUUCAACACAAUAAGUCUUUGAUUCACAAUUCUCCUCGCGAGGGACCUUUCAAGGGGUCUGAACCAUCAUCACGAAAGCGUAAACGAGAAGUCCAGCCAUGGAAAGUUCUUCUCCGACCAACACCCUCCGACAAGACUGGAAGGAGACGAAAGCAGUCAUUUGAAGUGACCCCAACGAAGUCUCAUGCCAGAUUGAAUGAGUGGAUUGUUCGGGACUUGCCCGACCUUCCUUUCCGACCAAAACACUACUCAAGCGCCAGAAAACCCGAUCAGCCACCAUCGAAUUAUCACCGCCUUGACGAUAAGUUUUCUUCUACUGAGCAGCCAACAGAGACUUUCAGGAAAGAAGAUACGACAGGUGAAAUGGGAGCGCAGGAACCUUGCCCUCUAGAAGGCAUGGAGUGGCUACAGGCAGCAAGUUCUCGGCCGCGCCUUGAACAACGUGAGCAAUUUACCCUUCGAUGUUAUCCUAUCGGGCUCGCCUCACGAACGCGGCCAACGGAUAUUUUCUCGAAGCUAUCCAAUGAAACUCUCCUAUCUGCUCAGGAAUGGGAGUCUCUCAAGAAUCGGAUGAGCAAGCGUGCAAUCACUAUAGCCUACCUGGCAAAAGAAAGGCAGCUCACUUUAUCCAAGGAAAAUAAAGGUUCGCGUGUUAUCGGGCUCGAGGGAGAUUGAGCUUGAUAACUUCAAAUCAUGAGUUGUGGAUAGGAUAUUUGUUUUAUAUGGCAGCGUUUGUGUGUUUAAGAAGACUAGAGAAAGAAAGAUUUCAGCAUAAUCUAUGAGAAGUAAUUAUCCUUG